AUGUCGAUCCAGCCGCUUGUCGAGAAGUAUAGACCGUCCACAUUAGACGAAGUAUUGGGUAACGAGCUCGUCAUUGAGGCAUUAAAAAGGCUGCAAGAGCACGACAACCUGCCACACAUCCUCUUAUACGGUCCACCUGGCACAGGAAAGACUACAUCAAUACGUGCGAUAGCAAAGUUUCUGUACAAACAGACAAUCAUGUGCAACGUGCUUGAGCUGAAUGCCAGCGAUGACCGCGGUAUAAAUGUGGUGCGUGAGCAGAUUAAGUGCUUUGCUGUGAGCCGUUCGUUCCAAAACAAGAAGAAAUUGGUGGUAUUGGACGAGGCAGACUCAAUGUCCAGAGAUGCACAGAACGCACUGCGUCGUGUUAUUGAAGAUUACAGCGGCAAUGUACGGUUCUGUUUCAUCGCCAACUACGCACACAAGAUUAUACCAGCGAUCCAGUCGCGCUGUUCUAAGUUCCGGUUUUCGCCCGUUAGUUCAGAUGCCAUUAAAAAGCGAGUCAGGCAUAUCUCAGAAAUGGAGAGCAUACCGAUCGACGACAAGUGCAUUGACAUCCUUGUCCAGGAGUCGGAAGGAGACAUGCGAAGGCUCGUUAACACAUUGGAUGGGCUCUCGCGGUUUAAAGGUGCGAUUACGGUUGACAUGAUUUUACCAGAAAUAGACUUUGAAAGAAUCUUUGAGCUGUCGCGUGGGAGGAGAUUUGCAGAGGCAAAGGCGGUGGUGCUUGAAAGGCUGGAAGAGCUUGAUUUUGUGACAUUCUUUCGGAGGCUGACGUGCUAUAUUAGAGAAUCGAAGAAAUUUGAGAACUACGAUAUUUAUGAGGAGAUAGCGGAGAUUGAGCAUCGAAUAGCUGUGGGAUGCUCAGAAAAGAUACAAGUAUCAUGUCUUGUGAGGAUAAUGAGCAGUUAUUGA